UCGGAUAUGAAUUGCGCACUCUAGAGUGACUUUAUGGUGACGUCGAAAAUUAUAAUGCAAAGUGUGUGGAAGUCUGGUAUACAAUGGGAUGAAGAGCUCCCUAAAGAAAUAUAUGGCCGCUGGAAGUUUUGGUUAGCCCAAUUGCCAAAUAUUGUGAAAUUCAAUGUGCCAAGGUAUUAUAAUCCAACAUACCAUAAUAAUGAUGUCGAACUUCACAUAUUUACUGACGCUAGUGAGGAUGCAAUGGCUGCGGUGGGUUAUUGGCGUGUGCAGAUUAAAAAGGACUAUGGCGUGGGUGUUUCGGUACAUGCAUAAUUUGAGGUGUAAAUUAAAACAAAGUGCUGGUAGAUCUGGAGAGCUGUCAGUUGAUGAGGAAGAAGAAGCAGAGAAGUAUCUCUGUAAGCAAGUACAACAAGAGAUGUUUGGAGACGAUUUAGCCGAUCUUGCUACAAGACAAAGGUUGUCAGAAAAGAGCGAACUCAAAUCAUUAAAUCCGUUCAUGGACACCGGUGGUCUGUUACGUGUUUCCGGAAGAAUUGAUAAUGCCACUUUCUUGUCUCUCGAUGCCAGAAGGCCGAUAAUUCUACCAAAAAAUCACCUGUUUACCAGCCUUUUAGUGGAAUCCUACCACGUUCGUUUUUGCCACAUCAAUGUUGCCACAGUUAUGAGCGAAGUUCGACAAAGGUUUUGGGUGCCAUCUCUUCGUCAGCUUUUGAAUAAAAUCAAGCUCAGAUGUCCUAUGUGCAAAGUUAGUCGAGCUAAGCCUACACAACCGCAAAUGGCUCCAUUACCUGUGGAUCGUAUUACCCCAUAUGUGCGACCUUUUUCAUAUACCGGCCUUGAUUAUUUUGGCCCUGUCAAUGUUACCAUUCGCCGUCGUAAAGAAAAGAGAUGGGUAGCCCUAUUUACCUGUUUAACCAUCCGAGCCGUCCAUCUUGAAAUCUCCACCGAUCUGUCUAGCGAUGCCUGUCUGCUUUGUAUACGGAACUUCAUCAACCGAAGGGGCGUUCCAGUGAUGAUUCGAAGCGACAAUGGGACAAAUUUUGUUGGCAUCGCCAAAGAGCUCCAAGGUACGUCUAAUUUUCUCGAUAUUAAUGAUUCGUUUCGUUCAAGUAUGACGGCUCUUGGCAUUAAAUGGGUCUACAAUACACCAAACAACCCUAGUGAAGGCGGCGUUUGGGAACGCUUAGUCCAGUCGGUGAAGAAGGCCUUGUAUGCGAUGUUGAAGGAACAUGCGCCGAAAUUGGAAACCCUUCAAGCUCUGCUCAUAGAGGCGGAGAAUAUGGUGAAUGCGAGGCCUUUAACUCUUAUUCCUGUUUCUCCUGAUGAUUCGGAGCCAUUGACACCCAAUCAUUUCAUUCUUGGAUGUCCCAACUCAACUCAUACACCAGCACCUUUUGAGCCAAGGCUAAUGUGCUUAAGAAAACAAUGGCGAGUGUUGCAGAACAUGAAAAAUGGCUUGUGGAAUCAGUAGGUGCGUGAGUAUCUGCCAGAUUUGACCCGACGCACAAAAUGGUGUCUGCCUUCUCAGCCAAUGAAAGUGGGAUGCCUAGUCUUCUUGUGUGAUGGUGAGCUGUCGAGAAGUCAAUGGAAGAGAGGUCGAGUCAUCCAAUUGUUCCAUGGCAAAGAUGGUGUGGCAAGAUCAGCUGAGGUCCGUACUAGUGCUGGUGUAUAUCGUCAUCCUGUUUCGAGAUUAGCUGUCCUUUACGUUGAAGCGCAUGAUGGUGAAGCCUCCCCCUCUGGGUCAGUUCACGGGGGUGGGGAUGUUGGUGAGGGUAACCCUGGUGUUACCAAUAUUUGAAUCAACUGUCAACAAUUCGGAGAAAUUUCCCCAGCCAACAACGUCAUUUUGUUUAUUUAUUUUUUGUUUUAAUUUAUAAUCAUCUCAUUGGUAUAAAUAAGCCUGUUAGCCCUUUAUUAGCCUCUUUUGUCGCCAUAGUAAAAAAAAUAAGUGAGUCAAGUGCUUUGUAUAAAGUUUAAAUUUUCAUAAUUUUAUUGUGUUAAAUUCAUUUUAAAAUGUUUAUUAUUACCUGUUUUUCUUUCAAUUUAAUAUUUGCUUAAAGAGAAUAAACAACCCCUAUGUUAACAACAUCAACAACGUGAACAUCAACGGCAUUGUUAACAACAACGAUCACUCAUUAACCAUCAAAUAAAAUCUUUUAAUUUGCCAAACGGAA